UAGACUAUUCCAUUAUUCCUCCUCUACCUCUUCCAUCUCCCUCUGCAUAUUCAUUCAUAUUUGUGUGUGUAUAUAUACUACCUACCUCAGCUCAGUAGCUCACAAAAACGUACCACCAACUCCGAUCCAUAAAUCAAUCUCUAGUAUAAAAAAAGGUAAUUAAGGAAAUGGGGAGGGGGAGGAUUGAGAUAAAGAGGAUAGAGAACUCAAGUAACAGGCAUGUGACUUUCUCCAAGAGGAGAAAUGGGAUGCUCAAGAAAGCUAAGGAAAUCAGCGUUCUUUGCGACGCUCGUGUUUCCGUCGUCAUCUUCGGCAGCUCUGGCAAGAUGCAUGAGUUCUCCAGCUCCCCGGUUGUUGAUAUUCUGGAUCAAUACCACAAACUCACUGGAAAAAGACUGUGGGAUGCAAAGCAUGAGGAUUUGGAGAACGAAAUCAAUAGAGUCAAGAAAGAGAAUGACAACAUGCAAGUUGAGCUAAGGCACCUGAAGGGAGAAGAUAUCUCAUCCCUGAGCUACAGAGAGCUUAUGUUUUUGGAGGAUUCCCUUCAGAAUGGGCAAAGGAUCAUCUCUGAUAAACAGAUGGAGGUUUGGAGGAACAUUACAAAACGGGUAAGUGCCCAUCAAAAUAGUUCAUCUUAUUUUGAUCACUGCUAUUUAUUUUCCUUUGAAGUACACAUACAUACACAUCCUGAAUAUACUAGUAAUUA